AUGAGGGUUGUUGUGGCUGAUGCUGCUGCUGUUGCUCUUGCUUCUGCUACCGCCCGUUGUAUCUCACCACCACAAGUUUUUCUUACUAAUUAUAACAAAUACGUCUGGCAAGUUGUUACAAAUAAAUUGUUGCAUUUAAAAAUUAAUUAUAAAGGGGAUGAGAGAGAAAGGUCAGGGUUAUUGUAA